AUGCCUGCUUCUUUUCUUGCCUCUCUGCGCGCUUGGAUCGCAUUGUCUACCAUCGGGCAACGCAUCCUCCUGGCCCUUGCCUUAGGGUUACUGCUUAUCACCGCUCGGGUAAUUUCCAAAUCUAAAGGAACCAUGCCACCGGGCCCUCGCGGACUACCGCUGCUUGGAAAUAUCUUCCAGCUGCCGAAGCUACCAUGGUACCGUUUCACAGAGUGGAAAGAAGAAUUUGGUCCCAUCUUCUCCUUAAAUUUCGCGGGAACCCCCGUCGUUGUACUCAACAGUCAUGAGGUCGUCGGUGACCUGCUCGAACGGAAGUCGACAAUAUACAGUGAUCGACCUCGGUUCAUCAUGGCAGGAGAAAUCCUGACUGGCGGGAUGCUGAUCGUGUUUACCGGAUAUGGCAAAGUGUGGCGCAAACUUCGCCGCGCAGGUCAGGAAGGCCUCAACGUCCGUGCAUCUGAAAAAUACCAGCCGCUCCAGGAGAGCGAGGCUCGGUUGUUGACGACUAACAUGCUCCGGGAGCCCGCAGAAUGGGAUGCCCACCUGAAACGAGCCGCUGCGUCCAGCAUCGCCUCCGCGGUCUACGCUUGGCCACCUCUCACCAAGUCUGACGACGGACUAGUCCAUAGGAUCGAUGAACUCAUGCGUCGCCUCGUCAUGGCAGGGCUUCCAGGCCGAUACCUUGUCGAGAUAUUCCCUAUCAUGAAGCAUCUUCCGACGUGGAUGGCGAAAUGGAAGCGCGAGGGUCUAGAGUGGCACCGGAAGGAUACCGAGAUGUUUGAAGGCUUCUAUGAUAACGUCGCAAGAUCCAUGGCUUCCGGGAAGUACAAACCGAGCUUGACCGCUGGGCUUAUCGAGAGGCAAGAGAAGAAUGGCCUCAGCAAGAAGGAGGUCUCAUGGCUCGCAGGUACCAUGAUUGGAGCUGGUGCGGAGACUACGGCCGCCUCGCUGUCUGUAUUCAUGCUUGCCAUGACAUUGUAUCCCGACGUCAUGCGUAAGGCUCAAGCUGAGAUUGACGCCCUCGUCGGCCGUGAGCGCAUGCCCACAUUUGCGGACCGGCCGCAACUGCCAUAUGUUUGCGCUCUUGUCAAGGAAGUACUAAGAUGGCGUCCCGUCGGUCCCGUCGGUGUACCUCGGCGGACAUCAGAGGACGAUUGGUAUAAAGGGUAUUUCAUCCCUAAGGGCACCCUCGUGAUUGCGAAUGUCUGGGCAAUGAAUCGCGACCCUGCCAUCUAUCCUGACUACGACGAAUUCCGUCCCGAUCGCUUUCUCGAUGCAAGUGGCAACGAGAUUGACAUAGCAGGGACGCACGGCCAGGGACACGUGACGUAUGGAUUCGGCAGAAGAAUAUGCAUCGGGAUGCAUGUGGCCAAUCAAGCGCUCUUCAUAGACAUCGCUGCACUCCUAUGGGCCUUCAAUAUCGAAGCGCCGACCGGACCAGAUGGAACUCCAAUUCUUCCAUCAAGAACAGACUUUGUUGACGAGGGCUUGGUAUUCCGGCCUGCCGCGUUCCGGUGUAAGGUUACUCCCCGUAUCGAUGAUGUGGCGGCAAUGCUUGCUACAUUAGAAAAGGAUGUAUAA